AUGGCAAUACCUACCGGAGAACAAUCGGUCGAGCUUCUACAAGCUCAAGCCAAAUUUUGGAACCACAAAAUCAACGUCAUAUACAUCGCGUCUUUCAAAUGUGUAACUGAACUAGGCAUACCAGAUAUCAUCCACAAACAUGGUAAACCAAUGACACUCCAACAGCUAGCCGAUGCACUCUCCAUCAGCAAAGCAAAAGUUCAUGGUUCUUCAUCGAGGAAAAAGUUUCCGAGGAUGACGCAAAUAUGGGGUAUUGGCUUACACCAGCUUCUCGUCUCCUCAUCAAAGACCAGGCAGCCUAUCGAACAUGUCAUUGAAGGCUUGGAAGGUAGUAAGAACUUGACCUACAUCAAGGGAAACAUGUUUGAAUCCAUUCCUCAAGCAGAUGCGAUUAUGCUCAAGUGGAUAUUGCAUGACUGGAGUGACGAAAAGUGUGUAAAAAUAUUAAAGAAAUGCAAAGAAGCUAUCCCAAGCAAGGAGAAUGGAGGAAAAGUGAUCAUUAUUGAUAUGAUCAUACGCAACAACAAAGAAGACCAUCAGCACACUGAAACUCAGCUCUUCUCGGAUCUACUGAUGAUGGUCUUGUUCAAUGGAAAAGAAAGAUCUGAGAAAGAGUGGGAAAAACUUUUCUUUGAUGCUGGCUAUAGAGGCUACAAGAUUGCAUAUGAAUUAGGAUUGAGGUCUCUCGUCAAGCUUUACACUACAACAAAAGUGGGCUUUUACUGCAUGAAGCGUGCAUUUAUGGCAUGCCGUUAA